AAUUAAAUCCGCAGCUGUCUCGAUUAAAAUACAUUUUAAGUCCAGAAGAACACAGAUUCUUUAAAACCCAUGGUUCGGUGCGAAGAAGCUUCAAAUUCUGUUCAAGAAAUUAGUGAGGCGAAAAGGUGAUAGACUGAUAGGGUGAAGAUGGAGGAAGCUCUACUAUUGCAAAAAAAGGUGGAGAGGAGAGCGUUUGUGGCGGAGUUCAAGAAGGUGAGCUUCAUAGCCAUACCCAUGGUGGUGGUCACCGUUUCCCAGCACUUGUUGAGGGUUGUGGCCAUGAUGAUGGUGGGGCAUCUCAGUGAGCUAUCCCUCUCCGGCGCCGCCAUCGCCACUUCCAUCACCAAUGUCACCGGCUUCAGCGUUCUUUUUGGAAUGGCUAGUGCACUGGAGACUUUGUGUGGCCAAGCUUAUGGAGCUGAACAGUACCAGAAGCUAGGAGUAUACACUUAUGCAGCCAUAAUAUCUCUCAUUGCAGUGUGUAUUCCGAUAUCUAUUCUAUGGAUUUUCAUGGAUAAACUUCUAAUCUUUAUAGGCCAAGACCCACUGAUUUCGACAGAAGCAGGGAGAUAUUCUACAUGGCUGAUUGUGACCUUGGUUCCAUAUGCUAUUCUUCAAGCUCAAGUCCGUUACCUGCAAACCCAGAGCUUGAUCCUUCCGAUGCUGUUAAGCUCAAUAGCGUCUUUAUGUUUUCAUGUUCUAAUUUGCUGGGCAUUAGUGUUUAAGAUAAACAUGGGGAGUGGUGGAGCAGCAUUAGCAAUUGGUUUAUCAUAUUGGGUUAAUGUGAUCCUACUUGGGGUUUAUGUUCGUUAUUCUUCUUCCUGCAAGAAGACCCUCAUCUGUUUCUCAUCAAAAGAUGUUUUUUCUGGAGUUGGGGAGUUCUUCCGCUUGGCCAUCCCUUCUGCUAGCAUGGUUUGUCUUGAAUGGUGGACAUCUGAAAUAAUUGUAUUGCUCUCCGGUCUCUUGCGUAAUCCUCAACUCGAGACUUCAGUGCUCUCAGUAUGCCUAUUGAUUGCUUCGAUGCAUUACUUUGUGCCGUUCUCCAUUGGCGCUGGUGCAAGCACUCGAGUUUCGAAUCAACUAGGCGCAGGAAAUGCAGAAGCGGCUCGGGCUGCUGUCUGGGCUGCACUUUUGCUUGCUAUUGCAGAGGCAGUAAUAGCAAAUGCAGCUCUACUCGGGUCCUCCCGUGUCCUCGGUUAUGCAUUCAGUAACGAGAAGGCAGUUGUGGAUUACAUUCGCGAAAUGGUUCCUUUCGUUUGCCUCUUACUCACAAUGGACUGCAUCCAGGCCGUUCUAUCUGGAGUUGCACGAGGAAGCGGGUGGCAACAUUUGGGAGCAUAUGUCAACCUAGGAGCAUUCUAUUUGGUUGGAAUGCCAGUGGCCAUACUACUUGGCUUUGUUCUUCACUUAAAUGGGAAGGGCCUUUGGAUUGGACUAAAUUCAGGGGCUACAGUGCAAUCCCUUCUGCUUUCUGUCAUAACUUGUUUCACUGAUUGGCAAAAACAGGGAUCAAUUGCUAGAGAACGGAUCUUUCAUGGUGGUAAUCCAUAAGUGUGAAGGAACUGUUAAGUUGAAACAAAUUAACGCUUAUGAUCAAGAUGGUUCUCAUUUGCU